CUUCAAAGGCCAGCCCAUCUGCCUGGGAUGCACUAAAGACUAUUGAGAAGCUUGCUGGGGUGUCCUCAGAGCGGAGACAAGGCUGUACUGAGAAGGACAUCGGCAGACUGUGCAGAUCGUCAACCCAGGCUCAGAAGAUCAACAUCCAGAAUGGCAACUGCAGGCACCUCAGGGCUGGGACGCAGGAAGAAGGCUCCUGGUCUCAUGGAUCAGAUUGGCAAGUUCUUUGGAGGGGAUAAAAAGAAAAGAGGGAAGGGUUCAUUCCGUGGUCACCUGUCUUCCUCACCCCCAAGACCUCAGCAUUCCUCAUCCCGACGCCGUGGAGACGUGAACCCUGUCGUUCAUUUCUUCAGGAGCUUUGUGUCCUCUCCUCGCCCUAAGUCAAGGUGGAGGGAGCUCUUUGGCCUGGCUUCACAGCCACCACGUCGCUCAGAGAGUGUCAGAUCACCCCACAGACGCCGCAGAGAACAAAACACACUCUCCAAAAUCUUCAACCUGGGAGAAAGUAGAUCUCGUUCUCCACCCAAACGCUGGAGCACCAUCUUCUGAGCCCUCGACUUGACACGGGAGACGAGCCGCAUAUGGGAAGAUAAAUUGAAAGAAUGAGAAGAAGGAAGAAAAGGAAAAGCAGAGGGUCUCUGCCUCACACUUUACUACAUGUUUAACAGACUAAUACUGGCCACCUCCGCUUAUUAAACAAUGAUACAAUCCUGCCAUUGGAAAUUAUUUCCCUACAGAGAGACAGGAAGUGUGUACUGGUGAGGUUCGUGUCAUGUGACAUCAGCCAUAUUACACAGGGGUUUGGCUCAUUGGCUUUAAUCAAUCUAUGAAUAAGUGUCUAUAAUUUAAAAUGCAAUAAUUUUUCACACAAAUUUGCAGGAGAAAUGCUAAAAAAUGCUCAAACUCCUACCAAACUCCUAUUUUCUACCAAAAAAGGCGACCUCCAUGACAGAACACUAAUUCACUUGCAUUUCAGAUAAGUAAUAAAAGCAAUAUAAGGCCACCUCAUACUUGAUUUUAAUUUAGAAUAUAGCUACACCUGUGCUCAAAAGUGUCUUUUUAUAUAAAAAAAAUGUUUUCAAUCACAUUGUCUUUUCUCCACGUGAAAUUUACAAUUUACAAAUGCAUAUAUAUAUAUAUAUAUAUAUAUAUCCAUUUAAAUUAUUCAGUAUAUUCCUUAAUCCAUAUAAUACUGUGAGAAAUUAUUCCAGGUUGUUUUAUGUAAGUGUAGUGUUGAUUUUUUUGGAUAUCGUGUGCGUUCAUCGUGGUGGUGUCAAUUGUCCUGUCAUGUAUAGUUUGUUUCUAUGUUUUAAAAUGAUUUGCAUAUAGAAAUCUUUUGGAUUGUCUUUUUCUGCCACUUAAAAAUGUCCUGAUAACAUUCAGUAUUGUAUAUUAUUAAUGCAUGACAAUAAAAAAAUAGAUUUGUAUAACAUUAAUUAACAGACAUGCAACACAUACUAAAAUACGUAAGUCUCUGAAGUGGUUUAGAGUCUUACUGAAAUGCCCUUCAAUUGCACUGAUGUAGUAAAAAUCUUCAACAAGUGGAAAUAUUAUUUACUUCUCAUUACUUUCAUAUACUAUAUCAAAACAAGAAAGGAUUAAAAAAAAAAAAUCCAAGAUGGCGGCGUUUCAAAGGUAGAGAAGGUGCUAGAGAGAAAAUGAAAAGUGCAAGACGGAAUUGAGAAAAGAAAGGAAAGAUAUCAAAAGGUUGGAAAGAAUAGAGAUGAAACGAGCAUGAUGGUCCUUAUAGCCUUCUGCUGAUUUAAUGUGUCUUUAUAUUGUGUUUUGUGUCUCAUAGAGCUUUCAUGCAUGUACUGUUUAUGAAUCAGUGCUGAACAUAUAAAUAAAUUUCUGUUCUUCUGCCCAUCGGCGCUGUAUACGUCCCAAAUGGUGCUACAGACUCAUAAUGCGGAGAAUAUUUUAUGUAAAAGUGGCCAGGUUUUUAAGUUCUGAUGUGUUUUAAUCAGUUGAUAAUUUAAAGUAACAACAAUAAAAAUUCCUAAAUAUA